GGCGUCCCCGGCGCCCCUGCUGCCCCCCGCGGGUCUCCCCGCCUGCUGCUCCCCCAGCAGCCCGCGCUGCCCCCCCACCCACGAGGGCUGGGGGCGCGCGGGACCUCCCGGUCGCGGCUCUCGCAGCUGUGUCGCCUCCUGCCGCCGAGGACGCCCCGACUGCGGGGCCUGUGCGUGGCCGCCGCCGCUGGGGAGCGGUCGGGGCGCGGGGGGCACCCCCGGUGACCGGCGCGAUGAGUGCCAACGAGGACCAGGAGAUGGAGCUGGAAGCAUUACGUUCUAUUUAUGAAGGAGAUGAAAGUUUUCGGGAGUUAAGUCCAGUUUCGUUUCAAUAUCGGAUAGGUGAAGACGGGGACCCCAAAGCCUUCUUAAUCGAGAUCUCCUGGACGGAGACGUACCCGCAGACGCCGCCCAUCAUCUCCAUGAAUGCCUUCUUCAACAACACCAUCUCGCCCGCCGUGAAGCAGAGCAUCUUAGCCCAGCUGCAGGAGGCCGUGGACGUGAACCUGGGCACCGCCAUGACCUACACGCUCUUUGAGUUUGCCAAGGACAACAAGGAGCGGUUCAUGGAGAACCACCACCCCGUCACCUCCACGACAUCCAUAAGCAGUAUCCUCUCGGUCGAAACUCCGAAUUCAGCCCCAUCGAGUAAGAAAAAAGACAAAAAAGAACAACUUUCCAAAGCCCAGAAACGCAAGCUGGCAGAUAAAACAGACCACAAAGGAGAACUUCCCAGGGGAUGGAACUGGGUGGAUGUGGUGAAGCACAGCAAGCAGACCCUGACCUUUUUGUCUCCUCCAUGCCUCCCCGUGGCCCGCGCUCUCCUGGACAUCUGCCUCCUGCCUGGUGCUCAGCAUUUAAGCAAGUCUGGCUCUAAAGAGGACGAGUAGCCGCCGACUGUGGGCAAAGCAAGGGAAUCUUGGCAAAAGCAAACUGGGUGCCAAAGCUUCCAUUCUUUCUGGCAUCGAAGUGGAUUUUUAUAAAAUACAAUUUUUUUGUAUGUUUCUUACAUUUAAAAAAACAAAAGCAUUGUAAGCAGAAAGUUCACAAAGAGAUUUGGUCAUAUUAAAUUAUUUUCACAAACUUGCCUUAAUAAAAGGUGAAAGUGUU